CCCAAUCACAGACUGGCGUUUGUAGGCGGGCCCAGAACCAACCAAUCAGGAGAGGCCACUCGCUUCUCGAUAGGAUAUUAGCGGGGACCAAUGAGACGGAUGUUUCCGAGGUUGGUUGGGAUUUUGAAUUUUGUCGUUGGCGACGCUGUGGGAGCCAAGUUUCCAAACGGCUUGUGGAGCCGCUGCAGCGCUAGCGCUGAGGUGGGCUGUUGAUCAAUCACCGGCAGGUAGCGAGCCGCGCCUUGUGCCGGGGUCUGGGACGGAGCCUGUGCGCGGCGCGGCGCGGUUGGACCGAGGAUGGCGGAGUGGGGUGCAGCGGCCGCUGGCGCCAGGAGUCUGCUGGGCGACUCGUCUGCGGGCGACUCCCGCUUCGGCGACGUUUCCAAGGACGGCUUGUUCGCCGAGGCCGCGUCCGACGAUGCCGAAGACGUGCCUCAGAUUCGAACAAAAGUUGUGCUAAUAGGCAAGGUUGGGGAUAGUGAAGAGGUUAUGAAAGCUUUGGAGGCAAUUAAAGAAAUGGAAGUUCUUUUGAUGAAGACAAAGGAAAGCACACCAAAUAGCAAACUGGGACAUCAGUUUGUAAAAUCUGUUAGAAAUAUGGAAAUUGAACUGCCAUUUAUUAAGUCCGAAACAGUGGAUGAUCUUGAAAACAGAAAUCCUGAAUUUGAGACUGUUGUUGUAUUGGAAGAAUUUGAUGGCCAGCCUUAUGACACCUUGCGUAAGAUGGGCACUAGAAUCUUGGGACCACCUGUUGUACUUCGCUGUGCAAGGAAAGGAGAGCCUCUGCCUUUCACAUCACGGCCACUGUACUGUACAUGCAUGUUGGAUCUCGUUUUGUGUUUCACAGGAUUCAAGAAAGAGAAAUUGCUUAUUCUUGUUGCUCUGGCACAUCAUAUGGGAGCAACCAUUCGAAAAGAAUACACUGGCAAAAUAACACAUCUUGUGGCACAUUCUACCCAAAGUGACAAGUUCAGGGCUGCUGUAAGCAUGGGGACUCCAAUUAUGAAAGCAGAAUGGAUUUUCAAGGCUUGGGAAAAAAGAAAUGAAAUUGAUUUCCAUGUUGCUGAUGAAGGUUUUCGAAAUGAAUUUAAAGUGCCUCCAUUUCAAGACUGUGUCCUAACGUUUCUGGGAUUUUCAAGUGAAGAACUCCGAAGUAUGGAAGAAAUGACAGAAAUGCAAGGAGGAAAAUACUCAGAUCUUGUUGAUGAAACCUGCACUCAUCUUGUGGUAGAGAAUUCAAUAAAACAGCUGCCAUUUGAACCAUCAAAAAAACUUUUUGUUGUAAAACAGGAGUGGUUCUGGGGAAGCAUACAGAUGGAUGCCAGAGCUGGAGAGUCCAUGUACUUGUUUGAAGAGUCAGGAAGUCCAGCGUUGAAGACAUCUGUGUCUUUGCUUUCAUUGAGCACACCAAAUAGCACACGCAAGAGACGUCGCUUGCGAGAUACACUUGCACAGUUUACAAGAGAGACUGACAACUUUUCGCCUUUCCCCCCAUGCAAAAGGCCAUCAGCAGAAGCUUCGGUUUCACUGGGAUCUUUGUUGGAUGUAUCUAAUACACCAGACUCCUGUGGAGAAACACCUAAGUCCAGCAUAAAAACAUCAAAAUGUUAUGCGGCUGUUCCUGCAAAGCCAUCUGCUAGGUGGCAGGUUGCAAUGGAGCUAUACCAGACGGAAAGCAAUUAUGUAGAUAUUUUAACUACAAUACUUCAGUUAUUUAAGGUUCCAUUGGAGAAAGAGGGUCAACUUGGAGGGCCUAUUCUUGCACAAGAAGAAAUAAAAACAAUUUUUGGCAGUAUUCCAGAUAUUUUGGAUGUGCAUACAAAAAUUAAGUCUGAUCUUGAAGAAAUUAUUCUGAACUGGUCAGAAAACCACAGUAUAGGUGGCAUAAUCCAAAAUUAUUCUAAGGACUUGAUGAAGACUUAUCCACCAUUUGUAAACUUCUUUGAAAUGAGCAAGGACACUAUUGGGAAGUGUGCCAAACAAAAACCAAGAUUUCAUGCUUUCUUGAAGAUUAAUCAAGCUAAACCUGAAUGUGGUCGUCAGAGCCUAGCAGAGCUGCUUAUUCGUCCUGUGCAGAGGUUGCCAAGUGUUGUUUUACUACUGAACGACCUUUGGAAGCACACUGCAGAUGACAAUCCUGACAAAGUCAGUUUGGAAAAUGCUAUUGAAAUACUCAAAGAAGUCAUGACGCAUAUCAACGAAGAUAAAAGAAAAACUGAAGGUCAACGACAAAUCUUUGAUGUUGUCUAUGAAGUCGAUGGUUGUCCUGCCAACUUACUAUCAUCUCACCGCAACCUUGUCCAGCGAGUGGAAACAAUUGCUCUGGAUAAUGAGUUGUGUGACCGAGGGGAACAAGUCACUUUAUUCCUAUUUAAUGACUGCCUGGAGAUAGCAAGAAAGCGCCAUAAAGUAAUUACUUCUUUCAAGAGUCCUCAUGGUCAAACACGACCUCCUGCAUCCCUCAAACACAUUGUGCUGAUGCCUCUUUCCCAGAUAAAGAAAGUAUUGGAUAUUAAGGAGACUGAAGAUUGUCGCAGUGCCUUUGCCCUGCUGGUACGACCUCCAACAGAACAAUCAAAUCUUCUGUUCAGUUUCCAAUUAAUUGUGGAGGAGCCCAAGAAAGAUGACUGGUUGAAACUGCUUUGUCGACAUGUGGCUAACACCAUUUGCAAAGCAGAUGCAGAAAAUAUUAUUUUUAACACUGACCCAGAAUUUUUAGAAGUUAACACAAAAGAUAUGGAUAGCACAUUAAGCAAAGCAUCAAGAGCAUUUAAAAAGACUUCAAAGAAGGUUACAAGAGCAUUCUCAUUUACUAAAACGCCCAGGAGAGUUUUGCAGCGAGCUCUAAUGGCUCACAGUACGCCAGAUACAAAGAGCCCAAAAAGAAAUGGAACACAUUUGGGUAGUCGAUUAGCAAGCACCAGCACCACUUCAUUAGCGAUUUCUUGUUCUUCAUCCACAUUUGGUCUGAAUGACACAGUGAUGUCAGAAAACAAUGUAACUGUGCAACGCUCUAACUCCCUGGAUAGUGCACCUGUUGGCCUCAGACCUCGAAAUAUUCUACAUCCACCCUUACCAAGUCAACCCCAUAUCUAUCUUGUGGACAGGCAUGCAGUCACCUUCGUUGGUGAGUCUUCCAGCGAUGUUUGAAAAAAGGUACCAUACCUUCAGUCGGUCAACAACUCAUCUGAUAUAGAAUUUGUAUUUUGUUGGGUAAAUCCAGGAAAGAGAUUUCUGAUCAAUUGCAAUCCAGUGAAAUGAUACAGUAUCAAAUAGAACUUCAAGUUUGAAGGCUACAUGGUUUUAAAAGAAGAUGGCAGUCAUAAUUCUAUGGAUUUUUUUCUUGAAUUUUGUUUACAGUGAAUCUGGAUAUUUGUUUACCUGGCUGAAUGCUGUAAUUGAAGGAUUAUUGUUAUUUUUCCUACUUCAGUUUGUACAUUUUUGUACAAGUUUAUUAUUUAUUACUUGGCUUUGGUUGCCUUUUCAACAAAAUGUGCAAGUCUUUUUAUGCACUGAUUUAAACUGACAUGUUCCUUCUUUUGGGAGGAGAGGCCAUUUUAAACCAACUUGUAGGGUGGGAAACAGAAGGAUUGGAUGGAAAACUGACCAAAAUAAUUUCUAUUGGACAGGAUAUAAAAUAAGCAUGAAACCUGAUCCCCUGAGUUUUCUAACUUGCAUUCUCUGUUGUUGCUGGGCAAUUAAUUGAAAUUUAACCUCUAGGACACAGUAUUUUUUUCUGAACUUCAGUGUUUUCAAUCCUAAAGAACAGCUUAUUUUAACGGUUAUGAUAUCUGCAAAAUGAUUUUCUUCAUUAAACUGGAAUAUUUCAAAUUUAACAGGAAAGAAAAUUAACACUUUUUGGCCAAUAUUAAGAUUGUCAUCGUCUUCAGCAAUUAAAAAGACAAUCAUUUGGGUUUUCUCAAAGCUUAACAACUGAGUUAAACUGAGGUUGUGAUUUUAUUUUGUGUAAUUAUAUAAAACAUUAUUUAGUUUAUAAUAAGGGAUGAUUCCAAGGCUAUAAUCAUACCUGUCUUGGCAUGUCCCAUUUAUUAAAAAAUAAGCUGCAUUUCUAAAGUAUCAUCUUGCAUCUGUUAAACAAUGAUCUUUUAUGUAAAGUUAAGUGCUAUGGUGUUUUUGUAUAUGUGGAUGUUUCUCUACCUUGAAUAUAUUGUUAAUUAGAUAUCCAAUAUGUGGAAUUGCUCAUUGGGGGCAUUUUCCUUUGUACUAAUACUUUUUCCUCUUUCUUUGGGAUUGGGGUGAAUGUCUUGUUUAUUCUAUAUGUCUACAUGGACUGUUUCUUAAGUAUUCUCUACAGUACAAAAUAAUCUAAGCUGCUAAAUGAAGGAUAUAUUGAAUUUUUAUGUGGACAACUUUUAGACUGUAUAGUUUCAUUUAAACACGAUAGAUGCAAAUAAACUUGUUUUGGGAAAAGAGUUGUUUGUUUAAUGGUGAAUUAUUAUUAGAGAUUGAUGAUCUUGAGUCUCGUUUAGCAUUAAUUUUCUGGAAACCACCCAUGUGCAUGAUCGAUCCAUUGGUCUAAUUUAAGGUAGGAAUGUCAUUUUUGGAUUAAAAUUUAAAGAAAUACUGAGGGAUGGAUGAGGAGAAUACAUAUCUCAUUUUAUUUAUACUGUAUAUUCCUUGAUCAUUUCCUCUAUCAAUUUGUACACACAGAUGUGAAACUUGCAAUUCUAGAAAACAUGUUUAAAUGUUUUUUGAAAAUGGAAAUCAUUUUUAUUUGUUUGAAGGACAAUGCAAGUAUUUUUUUCAAAUGGUUUUUUCAAUUUGAAUGUCAGCCCUAGGAAAUAUUAUCAAUAUGAUAAAUGCUGGUUGCAUCCUCUGCCCAAAUGCAUUUUUUUUUGGAGGAACAUGGAUAUUUUCACACUUUUAUAGAUUUUCAUGUUUAACUGUACAUGUAUAGAUGCCAGAAGUUGUUGAUUAUAUAGAGCUUUGGAAUGAGUACUGCCAUUUCAUUGGCACAGUAUUGGUUGUGUAAUGACAAUGCUAAUCCAUAAUAGGAUAGGGAAAACCUCUUUGGAAAAUUGAGAGUAUGGAAUUGGAUUGCACAUUUAUUGGGGAGAAAUACAAUGUUAAGAGAUGGGAAUGAGAAGAUGCAGGAAUAAGGUGGGUAAAUGUGAUUAGAAUUUUAUUGGAGCAGUACUUGGUGUGCAAUGUAAUAGCACAGGAAAACAUUUUUUUCAAAAAUUGAGACCAUGGAAUUGGUAUUCUUGAUUUAAAUUG